CCACAAAGGGCCGCGGAGCUGCGUGGCCGCCGCCGCCGGCCGCGGCUCGCCUCCGCGGGCGCGGAAAUUUGUUGCACUUCUUGGGGCUUUGUUUGUUUGUUUGUUUUCCCUCUGCUUUUCUUUUUCGUUAUUCUGGACAAAAUGUCGGUCCGUGAUGUAAAAAUUGAGCGAGGACCCUUGAUGGCAUUGGGAGCUUUGCAGAAGGUGCAGUUUGGAUUCGGCUUUUCCCAGGGUGGCAGCUCGGUCUUGGCCGGAUGAAUCUUCGCUGCUGGCGGUGGCAAGGGCUAGAGCAGCUCGUUAGUCGAUUUUUAAAUUCCUAAGUGUUGUAUUUAAAGGCUUACAUGCACAGAGGAGGGAUCGCCGCCUUAAAUGAGCAUAUGGGCGAUUAACAGGUUUUUCAAGAAAUAACUUCACCAAGAUGUCCAGUGAUAGGCAGAGGUCCGAUGAUGAGAGCCCCAGCACCAGCAGUGGUAGUUCAGAUGCGGACCAGCGAGACCCAGCCGCUCCAGAGCCUGAAGAACAAGAAGAAAGAAAACCUUCUGCCACCCAGCAGAAGAAAAACACCAAACUCUCUAGCAAAACCACUGCUAAGUUGUCCACUAGUGCUAAAAGAAUUCAGAAGGAGCUAGCUGAAAUAACUCUUGAUCCUCCUCCUAACUGCAGUGCUGGGCCUAAAGGAGAUAACAUUUAUGAAUGGAGAUCAACUAUACUUGGUCCACCAGGUUCUGUAUAUGAAGGUGGUGUGUUUUUUCUGGAUAUCACAUUUUCAUCCGAUUAUCCAUUUAAGCCACCAAAGGUUACUUUCCGCACCAGGAUCUAUCACUGCAACAUCAACAGUCAGGGAGUCAUCUGUCUGGACAUCCUUAAAGACAACUGGAGUCCUGCUUUGACUAUUUCAAAGGUUUUGCUGUCGAUUUGUUCUCUUUUGACAGACUGCAAUCCUGCGGAUCCUCUGGUUGGAAGCAUAGCCACUCAGUAUUUGACCAACAGAGCAGAACAUGACAGGAUAGCCAGACAGUGGACCAAGAGAUACGCAACAUAAUUCACAUAAUUUGUAUGCAGUGUGAAGGAGCUGAAGGCAUCUUCUCACUGUGCUGCAAAUCUUUAUAGCCUUUACAAUACGGACUUCUGUGUAUAUGUUAUACUGAUUCUACUCUCUGCUUUUAUCCUUUGGAGACUGGGAGACUCCCCAAAAAGGUAAAUGCUAUCAAGAGUAGAAGUUUGUAGCUGUAGAUUAGUUAUGUUUAAAACGCCUACUUGCAAGUCUUGCUUCUUUGGGAUAUCAAAAUGUAUUUUGUGAUGUACUAAGGAUACUGGUCCUGAAGUCUACCAAAUAUUAUAGUGCAUUUUAGCCUAAUUCAUUAUCUGUAUGAAGUUAUAAAAGUAGCCGUAGAUGACUAGGAAUUAUGUCAUUUGUAUUAAACCCAGAUCUAUUUCUGAGUAUGUGGUUCAUGCUGUUGUGAAAAAUGUUUUACCUUUUACCUUUGUCAGUUUGUAAUGAGAGGAUUUCCUUUUACCCUUUGUAGCUCAGAGAGCACCUGAUGUAUCAUCUCAAACACAAUAAACAUGCUCCUGAAGGCAUAGUUUCCUGUCGUAAUAUUUCAAGUCAAUCUUGUUAGAAGGUGUGUCUGAGAUGAUUGUUGAUGAAAUAAAAAUGCGGAUAUGAAGAUUGACUACUAAGGACUAGUACAAAUAAAUGAAUUAUUAAAUGGAAAACAUUUGAAAUCUCA